CGGCUCGGCCCUCUCCGCCGCUCCUGCCCCCCAUGUUUCUCCGAGCUGGCCUGGCUGCACUGUCUACGCUUUCCCGCACCCUCGGGCCUGCUUCUGCUCCGAUCGCCGCCAUGAGCACUGGCACCUUCGUUGUGUCGCAGCCGCUCAAUUACCGUGGCGGGGCCCGCGUGGAGCCAGUGGAUGCCUCCGGCACCGAGAAGGCUUUCGAGCCAGCAACCGGUAGAGUGAUAGCUACUUUCACAUGUUCGGGAGAAAAGGAAGUAAAUUUGGCUGUUCAGGAUGCAAAGGCUGCCUUUAAAAUAUGGAGUCAAAAAUCUGGCAUGGAGCGUUGCCGAAUCCUUUUGGAGGCUGCCAGGAUAAUAAGGGAACGGAAGGAUGAAAUCGCCACUGUGGAGACUAUCAACAAUGGCAAGUCCAUCUUUGAGGCCCGCUGGGACAUUGACACUUCCUGGCAGUGCCUGGAGUACUAUGCAGGGUUGGCGGGCUCCAUGGCCGGCGAACACAUCCAGCUCCCAGGUGGAUCGUUUGGUUACACCAGAAGGGAACCACUCGGGGUGUGUGUUGGAAUCGGAGCCUGGAACUACCCCUUUCAGAUCGCCUGCUGGAAGUCGGCUCCAGCUCUGGCUUGUGGUAACGCCAUGGUCUUUAAGCCUUCUCCCUUCACGCCCGUGUCCGUGUUGCUGCUGGCUGAAAUCUAUACUGAGGCUGGAGUCCCUCCUGGGCUCUUCAACGUGGUUCAAGGAGGGGCUGCCACAGGCCAGUUCCUGUGUCAGCAUCGUGAUGUGGCCAAAGUCUCCUUCACUGGAAGCGUGCCCACUGGCUCAAAGAUCAUGGAGAUGUCUGCUAAAGGAAUCAAACCUGUUACCCUGGAACUUGGAGGCAAGUCUCCACUUAUCAUCUUCUCAGAUUGUGACAUGAAGAAUGCUGUAAAGGGCGCGCUGAUGGCCAACUUCCUUACUCAAGGCGAGCGCAGAGUCGUCAGACCCUCAGCUCCGCACCCCAUCGCAGGGGUCGCCCCCCGCCGACUCCCCAGCUCCUGGAAGCCGCAGGGGGCGGGGGGUGCGCCCGAGGCCCAGGAGACCCCGCAGCCCAGCAGUGCGGCCGCCGUCCCUCCGCCCCUGCGGACCCGCGCCUCGGUGGGCCUUUUCACGGGGCCGGCGGUCAGCGCUCUGGGCUCUCAGGAAUGA